CAGCUUCCUCAUCCUUCUCAUUGUUCUCAACCCCAAUUCUUGAGUUCAUAAACCAAUUUGUGUGAGGAAAACAAAAAUGGGUUCCAAGGCAAUUCUCCUCCUAUGCCUUUUAGCAGCAGUUCUGAUGAUUGCCUCAGAGGUGACAGCCAGGGAUUUGGCCGAAAAUACCAAUGCAGCAGAGAAGAGCACUGAAGGCCUGGAAGAAUCCAAGUACUAUGGUGGCGGCGGCCGUUAUGGUGGUGGAGGGGGCCAUUAUGGUGGUGGGGGCGGCCAUUAUGGUGGCGGUGGCGGCCAUUGUUACCAUGGUUGCUGUGGCCAAGGCUAUGGAGGCUGCAGAUGCUGCACAUAUGCUGGUGAGCCAAAGGACGCUGGUUACACUGAGCCAGAAACCAAACCGCAAAACAAAUAGCCAGGACAUAUGGAUCAUGGCGCUUAAAUGCCUUUGGUCCAAAUUAAGAGGCUAAAAGUAAUAAAAUUAUGUAUUGUGUGAUAAAAAUAAGAGCUUUAUCAGUGGUAUCGAAUUCACCAUCAGGUGAAUCACUGCAAAUGAUGAUGUACUUUUCUCAACUUCAAUGACGUGUAAAUGAAAUCUUAUGCGUGUUUCAAA